AUGGUCCUGGCUCUCUCGGGAGCACUGCCGAAGGGCCGAUGGAUCCCUUGUGGGCAGACGGGGUGUGGGCUUUAUGCCACCGAGGCCCCUUGUUUUCUCUUCCAUGGUCCACGGCAGCCUCCAAUGUUCCCGGGACUUCUCAAGAAGGGAAGGAAGGAAGAGAAGCCGCCCGUGAGACCUCUGCGUGCAGCCAUCAGGUGGGAGUGCUGGGAGCACCACGGGGAGGAUCGGGAGCAGCGGCCACACCAGCCUUUGCCCAAAAGGAGAUUGCCGAGCCUGGUCCCCACCCCAUUUGGGCUGCGGCCAAAACAGAUGGACCUGCCCCGGGUUACAAAAGAGUAUUACGAGGAGCAGGCGAAAUUUGACGAAGAUAUGGAAAGACGUAAGAUCCGUCACCAGCUUGCCAGCCGCACAAAGCCUGCCAUUCCUCUUCCGGCCAGCAAGCCGAUGAGUAAACAGGUGGAUUCGGGACAGAGUUCCAGGAGGCCACCUGUUCAGCGACCACACACAGGGGAUUUGGACGAGAUCCGCCGCCUGCGCGCCAAGGUGAUAGCCUCUGUUGAGCGCACCAAGAAGCCCGCAGGCAAGCGGGACAAACCCUCGGGAAAGCCAUCUGCACCAAUUCGGCCAUCCGCACCAAUUCGGCCAUCCGCACCAAUUCGGCCUCCCGCACCAAUUCGGCCACCCGCAGGGGAUUUGGACGAGCUCUGCCAUCAGCUCUCCAAGCUCGCCAUCUCCCCUGCCGGCAGCAGGACAGUGGCCAUGCCACCCACGGGAGGCACCCCCUUGGCAAGGAUGAGCCACCAGCUGCCCAAGAGGACGCUGUCUGCCACCAGCCAAAUGAAUCCCGCCGUGCCUCCUCAGGGCAGCAAGCGGGCCAGGGUUUUGGAGAUGGUAAGGCCUCGGAUUUAUUAUUAUUUUAUUAGUUAUAUAGCACUGGAUUCCGAAGGCUCUAGUUGUUCCACAGAAUUAAAGACAAAACAG